UCCAGGAAGAUGAAAAGAUCGGGUGACAGUGAGAGGGAGAAGAGAAGAAAGAGGCGGAAGCUGCUGCAGGAGUUGGGAGACCAAAAGAUUCCAUUUCUGGGUCCGACAGAUCAUGGCUUUCAAGAGCUGUGGGACACCAGCUACAGUGGUCUUGCAUUGAGAAGGUCCAGUUCCUUGCCAUCUGAGCUCCAUGGCAAAGUGCAGGCUGCCUUUCUUACAUUAAGACGGAGGGGCUGCCUCUUGCGAGAUUUGGUUCGCAUACGUGACCGCGAUGUUUUCACUGCCGUGUCGCGGCUUCUGCUGGGUGAGCCGGGCCACACCUAUCGCUAUCUGGACACAAGACUCUUUGCCAUACCCUGGCACAGUGAGGACACUGAAGUGAAAGGCCAAAACUGCUGUGACCUUGACUUAAGGGUUGCGUGCAAGGCAUUAUGGGAGCUGAAUACAUUUUUCUGCACCGAUGUCAACCAGCUGAAAGAGGGGGAGAAGCUUACACAGUUCCCCAAGUUAGGGGAGACCAAGCAGAGCGAUACAGAGUCUAAAGACAGUGAAGACUCUAAGAACAGCGACGGAGAGGACUCUGGAUCCAAGAACAGCGAGGAGGGGGACACAGAGUCGAAGCACAGUGAGGAGUGGGAUGUUGAGUCAAAACACAGUGAGGAAGGCGGUUGUGGAUCAAAACAAGAAUGGGAGAGUGGGUCAAAACACAGCAGUGAGGAAGGAGAAUCCUCUCAAAGUACGCUGACCGAAGCAAAUGUAGCGGCAAGUGAGGGAAACCGUGAAGAAAAACAGUCAGCACAGUGUGAACCACAGGCUGAACCUGUGGCGCCGGGGUCUUUGGAGAGACCUGUGGACCAUCUUAAGCACAGCUUGUCUGAUUAUCAUAUUGAAGACACAAAGACAUUGUCAAGCGAGCAAGUUUCUACCAAGCCCAGUCCACUGCAGGUGUGCUCCGUUCCAACCAAGUUCAAUGUCACCUUGCUCAACUACAUGGACCCAGCAGCUGUCAGCCAGCUCAAAGAAGAGCCGUACUACGGCAUGGGGAAAAUGGCUGUCGGGUGGCACCAUGAUGAGAAUCUGAUCUGCCAUUCGCCAGUGGCUGUGUACAGCUACAGUUGUUGCGAUGCUGCAGAUGAGAAAGCAGAGGGAGGCAGUGGUGAGAAGACAUGUUGGAGGAUUGGACUCAAAGUAGCCUGGGACAUCCAUACACCGGGUCUGAUGCUGCCGCUGGAGUCUGGAGACUGCUACUACAUGAGAGAGAACCUGAACGCCACACACCAGCAUUGUGUCCUUGCGGGAGAUGCUGCACGAUUCAGUUCAACACACAGAGUUGCAGAGUGUUCCAGCGGCACUCUGACCUACAUCCGGUCACGGUGCCAAGACGCCCUGUCCAACCUGCACGUUGACCCAGAGACGGGGUCCCACAGCCUGCUCGCCCUGCGGCCUUCCAUGUUGCAGCACUGUGAGGAGAUUCACAAUGAGGUGGAGUUUGAGUGGCUGCGGCAGUACUGGUUUCAGGGCCAGCGCUACACACGGUUCUGCAGUUGGUGGACUGGGCCCAUGGAGCAGCUGGAGAAGGACUGGAAGCUGAUGGAAACCAUGACGAUGCUGUUCCUGGCGACUGUGGAGGAAGAAGGCCAAGCAGAGGAGGGCAGGAGGGAGAUGGCAGAGAUCCUUCUGGCAGCCCUGACUGAGAGACAACAGCAGAGACAGACAUGGAGAGACAGUGGGCCGCUUGAAAAAGAGAGGGGCCUGUAGUGAACGAUUAACAGAGUGCAAACCCGACUCACCUCAGAGGAGCGGAGGGGGCGACAGGCGGAAGUGUUUAUGACCCAAGUAAGCUCUGCGCCUGAGUUGGCAAACCUCCCGCAGCUCGGUGUUGGCUUGGUCAGAUAGGAGACGGUGGAUGACCUCUGGCCUCGGUAGCAGAUGAAGAGCCGCGAAUGAAAACCUUGUAGCACUAGUUGCUGUUAUCAGUCACUGCGUGCCAUGAUAGGAAUACAUUCAAAACAGAGUCUGUUAAAGUCAUUCACACGUUUGCUUGGCUUGGGAUACAGGGGGCAGCCUGGCCAGGCCAUCGUAGGGCACAAGCAGACAGUAAAGCACUGACACGGGUACAUUUUAUUUGCAUGUUCAUGUGUCAAGUACAAUGUACUAUUUAAAAAUAUGAAAUUACAUUUUGUGUUUUGGAGACUCACAGAGUCCUCAUAACCAUGACAUUGACUGUCACUUGAUCAAAAAGUGAUGACUGCACCACGACUUAUACUUCUCAAACUGCUAUGCAGCCUACACUCACAUUUAUGAUUGAAGUUCCGAUAUAGAAAAUAUUGUUGGGGCGUUUCGAAAUUGGGAGUUACUCCAAGUGCAGUAAUGGUCUAAUGGGCUACUACCAGUGUCAUACUGAGAUAACAAGAAUUGCUAGAUUGACCUUAGAUUCUUUAUAAAUAGUAAAGAGUGCUUCAAAAAACAAAAACAAAAACGAAAAAAAAACAUCAAAUCAAAAAUUUGGAGAAUGCGUAAUGCAAAAAAUAAGCCACCACGGUAGUGACCCCUGAUCCAGAUCGUACACGAGUGUUCAGUCCAUUCAUUGAGAAUUUUUGCUCUCUUACUACAUACUGUGUCUUUCAGUUAUUUAUGUGGACAUAUGAUUUACUUUAGUGUUAUCUUUGUAUAACCUCAAUAUACAUUUGUCCAACGUCUUGACUGAGUGUGUCGUGCCGACGCCGUGGUUUGGCGUCAGCGUAAUAGAAAUACGCUCUCUACAUCUGUUGACUGUGUUUAUUACUUCUCUCAAAGUUGUUAAGAUCUUUGAGGUCUUUAUUCCAAAACAAAAGCAUCAUCAGCUGACAUGGCUAAGGGACUUAGAAGGAGGUCAACAUCUUCACAGCUGCCAUCAUCACUCAGCUGUCCGGCUUGACCUGUGACCCUGUUGAACUGUCUUCCAGCCUCCGCCAGCUUUAUGUUUCCUGGCAUUGUUUUCUCCUCUUGUCCUCACCUGGAUGGGGUGCUGCUCCACAAAAGACGCAGUCUGUCAUCAAAACUAGAGGUCACCAGGGCCAGAGAGGGCCAGAGAACUGAAGUCACAGUGGUGCCCAGUUGGGGAUGACCCCACCAGUGUUGUCUGCUACCAGUUUCAUCUCCAAGGAGUCCCAUGAAAAGAAGCGGUGGACCCUCAUUGGCUAGCACUUCAUUCCAAGAGUGGUGACAUUUCCUUUGUCACGUCUCUCUUUUACAUCCCACCCUCAUUGCUUCACUGGGGUGGGGACAAAGCAUUAGGACACAAUAGAGGUAGCCGGUCCCAGAUGGGAGUUGGAAACAUUGUCAAUGUUGUCUGCUCUAUUAAGACAGACAGGGGACAGCCUUGUCUAAUUUGGUGAAUGACUUUUUUAAAGUCUAAGUAAUGGUGGAACACACGGCAGAGAUUACAUUAAUGCCCCAAUUCAAGUCCUUUAAACACUCUGGGGUUCUUUGGCAUCUGUUGUGCUUUCACUUACAAUGAUUGAGAGGUCCUCUAAUAUGAUAAUGUAACCUCUUUCUUUCACCACGUCUAGAUGAGGUUCAAUACCUUCAAGUUUUGAGGAAAGCAAAAUGUAACGCAGUGUUUCAUUUGACAUUGGUCCACAGUUCAGACCCUGCCACUCACUGAUACCUGCUCCCAACGCCAGACGGAGAAGAGACGUCAGGGAUUAGCUGACACUUCAUUUCACCAUGCUAUGAUUGUGUUGACAUUUUUAAAUGAUGAGUUGCUGUUGUAUUUCACUAUCUCGAUUAAUAUUUGUACCAUAUCUGCAAGCUUGAUGUCUUCUAGUUGAAACUCUAAAUCUUCCACAUUGUCCAGGUUUUAUUUGUAUUUUUUAUCCUAGAAGGAAUAAACUUUUUUCUCAGACAAACAAAGUGUGGUUUCAUGCAUAAUAUAUAUAUAUAUAUAUAUAUAUAUAUAUAUAUAUUUUAAAUUUCAUGUUUACAUAAAAAUUCCUUCACAUGAGAUCUAGCUACUUCCAUAAUUGUUGAGUUUUUUACAGUUAGAGUUCAUUAAGUAAUACUAGCCUUUUUAUCCUCAAUCUUUAAUUCAAAAUACAAUAACAUCAAUUCAUGUUCAUUUCACCCAUCAUUUAUUAUUCCCUUUUGAAUGAUCCAGUUUGGAUAUGGUGCAGUAGUUGUGUGCAGUCGUGGACUACAGUGGAGUGCUGAGUUUGAUCACACAUUCCAUACAAAUGUAAUAUGACUGCUGUAAACGGUUCAUUUGUGGGACGUUACACCCGACUCUGGUGGGUGGACUCCUUGUCCCAAAAUCAUUUUCUGUCCCUGCAGUUCGUCUGUCUCCGCAUGGGCCAAGUUGUUUUGCCGUCCCUGUGUUUACUCGCUGCGGCAGGAGAAAACAAAUAAGGCCAUGUCAUCUGCCUCUUUCAUCACCGGCCAGCCUGUAAUUAGCACGGGCCCCGUGGUUAGCCUACGAUGCUGUCGUCUAAUUUGUCUGUCUUUAUCUAAAACAUGUCUGUGUGGUCCUUUCAGACAAGGUACAUGUGUAUCCAGCGAGAGCCCGACUGCGGCCUGUGCGGGGAGAGAGCGGUGUUUGUGUGCGCUUGAUUGUAAAUUAUGAAUUCUUCUGCGGAUCCGCCCCUGUUUAGCAACCGUUCAGUUAUGCAUGACACGUCCUGACCUCAGCGGAGCCUUGCAGCUGCUGUUAUCAGAGCCAUCGUCCUCUCAUCCUACUUCGCUCCCAGGCUGGAAAGUACACGAGUGUGUCUUAUGCUUGCAGGAAUGUGCUUUGAACGAGAUGACUGAUGAUGCUCUUCCCUCACCCUCCACUUACUGUACAAACAUGUUCUCGUUGGGUAAAUAUGCACCGAUACUCCAGCAAGUCAGUAAUUCGCUGUUGAGGCGUUUGCUUUCUCUCACGCUGCGCUCAUGGAGGGAAUCCGUAUCUAUCGCUCUUGACUGAGUUGCACACAUUAAGAACUAACUAACAACCUUUUUACGCAUCACAAUAGAUGGCAAGCGUCGAACCAAACUAGAGAGAAAAGGAAAGUUUCGAACAGCCAUUAAAACUCCCUCAAAUAUUUAAAUGCACUUGUCGCUGAGACAGAUGCCUGUUAAACAUUUUAAUAUGGAAACAAGAUUUGUUUUCGGAAAAGUGCGUGUGGCGAGGAGGAAUGGGUUUGUGCCCGUUUUACUGCUAGUUGAGAAAAUGAGGACAUUCUUUGUGGUGCGACUCGACAUCCCAGGGAGCUGAUAGCGUAUGAUUUGGUGGGGAUGUGUGGCAGGCAAGUGAAAUAAACUGUUUGAAAAUAACAUUACAGGUUCCUGAAAGGGAGGGUGUGAUCGCUGUAGCACACAGCCAUUGCUUCGCUAUAUGUUUCAUAUGAAAACCAAGUCCUUCAACAAGAACUUUUUAAUAGAUAUGGAAAAAAAUGAACUAAAAACAUUUAUUUUAGCUAAUUUUAUAGUGGAUAUGGAGCAUGUUUGGUGCAUCCAAAACUGGUUAAUGUCUUGUUGUCUAUUCAAACCAGUUGCAUAUCACCCAUUUACAUAGGACAGUCAAGUCACAUCAGGGUGCGUGACAGGACAAUGAAACACUUUCUCUGGGUAAUUACAUUACUAGACAGGAGACCAAGGCUUUACUUGUUGCCAUUUAAUUGGUGACACGAUCAAGACAUGCAGCAACUUCAUCUGUGUGCUGGAUGUUUGGGCCAGUAGUUGCUAUGUCGAUGGAUAUUAAGGUGGGACCUGAACUAGAACUUGGCGGAAGACCACAGGUAUAUUUUGAUAGUGGAAGGUUCCCUAUGGUGACUGUAGAUGUGCUGUCCCAGAGAUAUGGAUGAAGCAUACGACGAGUGUCUUUUAGUCCCACUCAGGAGUGCAGGCAGUGCGGUACAAUGUCAUGAUCAACGGUGCCAAGACAGCGUUACAAUGGACCUUUGUUUCCAGCUUAGAGGAGGUUGUUGGCUACUUUCAGAUGAGCUGGUUCCAUUGUUUUUUGCUGAUCUAAAACCUGACUGGAAUCUUUCAAAAAUAUUUUCUAAAAAGAGAGAGUCACCGAGGUGAAAUUUCUCGAUACCGAUUUUUCUAAAGGAUCCUUUUCUGUCUGAAGUUGUCAUAGCUCAUGCUUUGGAUCAACACACGCCCUGGCAAAUGAGAAGGAUACCAAGUGUCUUGGUGAGGAGAGCCUCAGUGUAGAUGCUGAAAAGGUAUUCACAGUGCCCCAGGCAGCUCGUCACGGUCUCUCCCACUUGCCUCCCUAUUGAGCUGCUCUGGACAUGACCAAGUGGAAGAAGGCCCUUGGGAGAACAAGGACAAGCUAGGGAGGACAUAGCUUGUUGUCCCAGGAAAAUAUCUGAUUUUUCUGGCACUGUCACCAGUGGUUCAUUCCGAUAUGUAUCCCUUUGCUCAACCAAAGUCCAUUGUGCUCAUGAUAAUGGACUUCAACUGCAAAAAGUUGAAACAAAUAGCUUUCAACCUCCAUCAAACCUUUGUGACAUCACAUGUGAAAGUUAUCUGUUGGUUGUUUGAGAUUCAAAUGAACUCGUGGCGGAUCUCAUAAUAUUCAGUGAAGUAAUGACCACUGUGUAAUACACAGUCGAAAACACACCUGAGCUGGCUCACCACCCCACCUGGGUUGCCCUGACACAGCCACCCCUCCCCUCAGAUAUGCGCACACACAUCUUUCUUACCCUCCUGUGUUAAUUAUAACCUACACCGCUGGAACACUUCAUUUCAUCCUGAGCAUAUUGUCUCUUCAAGGCUGGCAGGCAGGUCAUAAAUUAUCCUGAAGGUGAGGAUGGAAGUUGGAGGAGAUAGUUAUGAAAAUUUCAUCUGUCUGCCGUAGCGGCCGCAGCUGCUCCUGUCACCAGCCGUGCGCUGGAGAAAUUACACCGGGUCAGCGUGGGUGUGUUAACGCGCUGGUGUGUGCAAAUGAAAAUACACUAUGCUCUCUGCAGUGCCCGCUCUUGUCUUUGUGUGCUGCGUGUUAGUAUGUCCGGUGGGUUGGCCAGGUAGGACCCGGCUGUCAGUGCGCGGAACAUCUCUGGCGUCCCUGUCACCUCAGGGCCCCCUGGCUCUGCCCUGAAGCAGCGAGACUGGGAGGGGACACAGUCUCACAGGGCGGUCCCCAAGCUGUCUCUGUUCAUUACGGCUACAGAGACGGGACACAGCCAGCAGGUGGCUGGACCUUUGCUCUCUACCCACUGUGAUCAUCUGCUCCACUUUGUGUGCAAGUUUGAGCAUUAAGUCGGGGCCUGUGUACAUGGUUAGGUUGGAAAAUGCAGAUUUAUGUCCGACGGAUGUGAGUGAUUAUAGUGAGGGGUUCUUGGAUUGAUGUCUCUACACAUAAAGCAUAAUUACUACCGGUAUUAUUGAGACAAGGGACGCAAUCUUGGGCACCACACUUUUUGAGUCCAGUCUGAAACAACUGGGGGACACUUCCAUGUUCUCCAUAUGCUUAAAUGUGUGUCCUGUAGGCACUUCAGCUUUGUGUGCUGUCUGUUAAAGGGUGCGGUGAGCUUCCAAGUUUGAGGGUGUCACUAGCUGAGAAUGGAAUGGAGAAAAUGAUAGAUGAACUCCGUGAAAAAUAAUAAUAUAUUUCUGUUUUAAAAAGACUUCAGUGUUGCACAAUGCACAAAUGCACAAUCGUCACGUAUGGUGUUUUCCGGCACUGAGUUUUGGCAGCGCUGAUAAUUCGCGUCUUUUAGACAGUUUCUCCUCAUGUUAAUGAGUUGGGAAAAGGAAAACUGUAUUAACCUCCCCUUCCUCGCCAGUGUGUUCGCCAGUUUCCUGUGAAAAUUCUAUUAGGGGCAAAGUCCAUUGCUGUUAAUUACAAUUCUAACUAGCUUGCCUCCUGACGAAUGGAUGGUUUCAGCAAUGAUGUAGGAUAAAGGGGAUAUCAGCGAUUUCACUUCCCCAUACAAAGGCUCCCUGUGAAAUGGGUCAUCAAUCCCAUAGUGAUAAAUGUCUGGCGGAGUAAUGACUCUGUUAUCGGAGGCGGAUUACUGCAGAUAUUUGUAAUUAGUGUAGCCACACAAGUCCCCGACAGAUGUUUUGGAGGCGACACAAUAUUGAAGCAUCGGUUUAGUGCUAAAUGGAAACUUUGUGGAAAUAAUGGGAAUAGUCGGAGCUAUUGUGCUGCUGGAGAUGGAGGUGAAGAAGCGGAGGAACGCAGCCGCCAUCUAGAACACACAAGUGUAUACAACCACCUGUACACACACACACAGGCCUCGUGACCUAAUAGCCGAAUACAUAUCCUCCGGUUGGUCUUUGUGCUUUAGUACCAAGGGAUUGGAGGCUUUGCUUCUCCUCCUGUUCCGCCUCUUCCUUCAGCCCUAAAGGUAGCUAGAGCUACGCCAGCGGGAGCGGAUGAUCACUUUAAACUUCGGUUUUCUGCAGUUUUGGGCUGCGAUUCACGUGCCAGCCUGAAGUUUUCAUUUCUUGCAGCACUCAUGAAAUCACAAUGUGAUGUAUUCAGCCUGAGGUGCAGCUGGAUUCAUCGCGCCGUUUGGCACCAUAUGGAAGCUUGCACCGAACAGUUAGCAAUAUUUAUGUCCAGAUAUUCGGUAUGGAAGAAUGAGAGCGUAAUAUUCUCAUUUCUAGCUCAUGAAAUGGUGUUGAUUGAUUGUUCAUUUUCUUGCGGAGGAAAUGAUGUUAAGACCGGGAGCACUUGCUCCUUUUACGCACAAAUUCUUGGUAUAAAUACAUUACACUUUGGGAGUUAAAAUGUGGAUAACUAUUUUUUUUUUUUUUUUAUGUUGGGAAAGUUCUUUCACAGCUCUGACAUCAUGAAAAAGAAAUUCAGCAGAGUCCUUUCUGUUUUGGAUGCAAACAAAAACAUCCUAGAAAAAGCUUCCCAUAUAUGAUUUUGAAAUCCUGUUUGCUCCAGCAGAGUUAUGUGUGUUGCCAAAGGAUAUUCGCCUUAACCCCUGGCCCAACACACACCUUCAUCUCCACACGCACACACACACACACACACGUGACCUGCCAUCGCCUGACAGAAGUGUAAGCAGAUGCAGCCAGGUCUGGUAAUGGCAGGUGAUUAUAAGUGGCACACGUGCCAAACUAAUUAAACCCCUGGGUUGACAGCAGCAUUUGGUAUGCCUGGCAUUCUGGCACGCUGGCGUUAGAAUAAUGGUAGCAGCAGCACAUUUCACCUGCGAGAUGGAAGCUAACAACGUCAUUUAUUUUACGGCAGGCUGCACUGGGUGUUGCUACAGAGGGUUAGCUCGCGUUAUGUGACAAGCCUGGCAAUCUCUGGCAUGGAAUGGACAGCACUUCUGCUAGGAUCUUGGGUUAAAUCACUCUCCAGUGGUCAUGAUGGGGGGUGAGCUGUGAGGGAAAAAGAGGUACAAAUAUGUCUGCUUAUGAAUGAUGAAGGCAUAUUUUUGAUUUACCUAACUGGCAAGCACUGUGUCAUUGGGUGAUUUGUCCAGGGAAUGUUGAAAAGUGCCUGUAAGACAGGACUUGCAGCACAAAAGAGUCUGUUCAAUGUGGUUAAAUUAGGUUCUAUUAGGUGAUAUUGGGUCAUUAACAUCAAUAAAACUUUAUUACAUUUUGACCAGCUAGGUAAUGACACUGUAGAUUCCAAUAUACACAAAUUAAUGCUCUGUUGCCUUGAGAUUUGCUGGUGGUUGAUGUACCACUUGGUUGUUGUACCAUCAAACAUCCCAUUGGAGGAUCUCUAGAUUCAGUAUAUUGACGUAUAGUCUGUCUAAAGCGCUGCCAGUGGUUGGUACAUUUGAAAAGUUGUUCAAAUUGGUGUGUGUCUCUUCAUUCUAUACUCAGACUGGACUCACCGUGUUAUUAUUAUGAUUGUUAUUAUUUAUUUAUAUUAUUUAUUUAUUUAUUUAUAAAUCUUUUUUUCGAGUCUAUUUUGGUUUACUGCUGUGACAAGCCAACUUCCCCUAUUAUAGGACAAAUAAAGGACUAUUGUAUCUCUUCUUGGCACAGGAUGCUCAUGUCUGACAAAACAUACUUGUCCAAGGUGGUAUUUGUGUCCCUUCUUGUGUUAAUUCAUUUUGCCUUCCCUUUUGAUUUAAAAGGUCACUCUUCAUUUCUUUGAAGCCAUCAGCUUAUUAUCAACAUUUUUCCUGUUUGGCAAGUCCAGUAAGGAAUGAGGAAAGAAAAGUACGUAGGCUGAGCUGCCCUCUAGGUUGAACAGAGAAGAGGUCAAAUGUCCACACUUUAUAGUGCCAGGGUCACCUCUUCUCCAGCUGGUGGCUUGCUGUCACUUUCCUCAGAGGUCAGCAUUGCAGAAAAUCUCAUCCCGGUGCACAGUCUCUCACACACCUGGAGCGUUGAGGAAGAAUUUCUUCAGCAUACCUGCCGUCUGUACUUGACUGAUUCAUGUGUUCACCUCGUGCUCUGCUGUAGCAGGUGUGGAGAGUCCAGGUGCACACAGCUCUGAAUCUUAAGCAUCAUCCUCUCUAGGCGAAGCGUAAAUCUGAUACUUUUGUUGUGAAGGCAUGCAAGUUCCACGCAUGUCUCCAGAUUUAUGAUCUGAAUCAGAGAUGCUUUAACUUUUCGAUAAAGGUUUAAUUACGUUGACACUCAUGCCUCAAAGGAGUACUCGCCACCGAACGAGCAGAUCAGUUAUCGCUUAGGCUCUUCCUGUACAGUUUGCAUUUCCUGUCAUGUUGGUGAUUGGUUCCCACACUCUUGCUCAACAAACAUGCCAAGACAUUCAUUUAAGGAGCUUCAUACCCCGUAGGUGUAAAAAGAAGCGCAGGUGUACAGCAGAUCGUGUGUGUAGCUCACAUCUUGCACAAUUGAGCUUCAAUAACUUCCUUCAGGUCAAGCAUAUGUGUAACUCCCAUUGUGUUUCCAAGGGAUGCUAUCACUGACUUUUUUAUUUGAUCUUCUGUCAGGUCACAUAUUUCUAUGUGGACGUUUUGAACAUUAGAUUUGACCUCAGCAAAACGCAUCGUCAUGCAUAGUGGGCCCUUGAUUUAUGAGUGCACCACCUCACCAGUUUUCCAAGUAACCAGCAGUUGGCGAGUUUCUCGAAAGUGAGUGCGAAGAGGAAUGAAUGAAUUAAAGCCUGAAGUCAUAGCCAGGUGUUCAUGUAGUCGUUUCAGUGCGCAUCGUACUGUACAAAAAUGAAGUAAAAGUUUGACGGAUAUGCAGCUUAGAAGAGAAAUUGUGGUGUAACGGAUGGCAUGAGCAAUUCAUGUCGGUCUGUGACUUCCAUGAGAUCCCUUUUAAACUUUGUUUUUUUUAAUGGAGAGGCAUUUUAUUGUCCAUCAUUUUGUUUAAUAAUUUCAUUGAAUAUAUACAUAUUUUUUUCUUUUGUGUAUCAUGUUUUCUUUCUUUCUUCCUUUUUUAUCCAAUAGUUUAUUGUACGAUAAGCAUAUUUUAAUCCAAGUGUCGAAGGUGCUGUACAAAAAAAUGGAGGACAAAUAAAUGGUAUUGGAAAAUUGAGUUUCAGGUACAAUACGUAUCAGGUACAAAAUGUUUUCUUUGUUUGUCCGUUGAGGGGCUAGUGGCAGUAGCUGAAAAGCAGGGUGUGUCUGAGGAACUCACUACCCACGAGUUUAUUGUGUCACAGUGUCCAUGGACUAUACCUAAGAUGUGAUUUGAAUGUGUGUUCAUGAACCUGAUAUUUCUUAAAGUGAUAAACACUCAUUUAAGCUAAUGUAAAUAUUAUUUAAAAAAAAAAAAAAAAAAAAAACAUGCUAAAAUGCUACUUAUACAGGAGCACUUCUUUGUCUUGUAUAGUGUGAUCUAUAUAGGUUAGUGGUUAUAUAUAAAGAUUAGAAGCUUUGUACUGAGGAGUAUUGUAAAGAAAUAAUGUGUAAUUUUUGCAGAUCUUUUUAUUGUCAAGUUAAGGCUUUAAAUGAAUGUUUUGGGGGUGUGUAAUUUGACUGGAGAAACUGGAUCAGCAUUGUUUAGUAGGAGCACAUGUUUAAAAACUGAAAACUAAUUUGUUUCCGUGCACCGUGGGACUUGCCUUGUGACUGGUGCCAAUGGAACAUUAUGAUAUCUAUUUUAUUUUAUUUUAUUUUUGUAUUUUCAGGACACUGUAGCUCAUCUGAUUUGAGGACAUCAAGCCUCCACGGUGCACCACUUUUUAGCCUGGAAAACUUUUUUUUUUUUUUCAGAAGUUUUGUCCUUAUCAUCAUGAAAACAUUUCAGAUAAGUCAGAAAUCUCUGGAAGGCAUAUUGUGGCGGAUGCACGCUGCGGUCACCAGCACUGGCAGACAGGAGUGGGAGGAGAGACUAGUUUUGCGUAUGUCCAGCAUUAAAGACAAGUUCUUCUUCAGUUGCAAUCCCCAAAUCCUAUUAUCAUGUACUUGCUACAACUCAUACUUUCCCUGCAGGCUGCAGCGUCUUGUCGACUUACACAUCCGUUUUUUUUUUUUUUUUUUUUUCCUCAGACAUCACUUACACUUUUCAGGUUUAUUGCACAUCUGAGUGUUCCGUCACGAUAGCUGCCGUGCUAAGUCGCUUGCAGAAGAAGUGAAAAAUCAGCUCUUUGAAGGCGAAAGGAAGUGGCCGAUGGCGGCUGAUAGCUGCGGCUUAGUGGAUCCUAAUUAGGUGCUGUAGCAAGCUGAUUAAAACAUGUGAUUUGUUCCCAGAGUGAGCGGAGAUUGUCAAGUGUCUGUGUUGGUGCGACUUUCCAUUUGCACAUGCCAGGGAGAGUGAGAGGGCCCUCAGGCUGCCGUGGUGUGUUAUCUGUUUUUUCAACCUUGUCAUAGUAAUUACAGUCCAUAUUUACUUACAAUCUCUUUUUGUUUUCUGCCCUCGAUAUUCAUCUGUGAGCUCCUCAGCCUCCGUCGCUUCUCAUUAACCAACUGAUAGGUCUAUCUCGCGUUUCCCAAAAAAGGAGGUCAUGAUACGAAUGUUGUCAGCUUCGCACAACCACAAAGAAUUAUGUUCGCCUUAUCAGUGACAGUGUGUGAUUGUGGUUUUCUGCCAGUGAGGGUUCAUCGGAAAUAUCUGACUUCAAAUUAAAGCAAACGAAGUAGCAUCCAGUCAUUGUUGGAAGAUCAACUAAACACAGUCGGCCAUUAUAAUCAUCCAUAACAUCUUAGAAAAAAUCCUCUUCCCUCUCAGCCGUCUGCCUUCAAAUUCUGUAUCUUUCAAUGGCUAAUUUAUGGUGGAAAUCCGAAAUCGAUAAGUAUUUAUAUUAUUUUUUGCCCAUUGCUUAAGUUGUCACUGGUCUCUAGACUUUGUAUUAUAAAGAAUAUUUGAGCUGAAAUAUUCGACUUGCUGAAAAGUGGAACGUGCAAUUUGGUCCCGGACAUCAACCCCAUUAGAGAAUCAAAGUAACGUCUUUGGAUUGUGGACUGUGGAUUGGAUUUGUGCACUGUAGGUGAAAGGGGUGAAAGAAAUGAUCCAUACACUCAAAUAUCAUGAUACUUCACUCAGUUUUUUGCUGAAAUUUGGCAUUACUUGGUUGUUUGAUAUUGUCUUGAUAUUUUAAGUUGUCCAUAUUGAUAUUUAAUACAUAGAUACUUGGAUAUACUGCUGCACUGGUGCCUGGUGUUUUCUUUUGCACACUGGGCUUAUUUUGUUGAUUCAGGGAGAGAUUCAUUUCUCUGUUGGACUCCAUGAUUUAACUGACAGUGACGCCGAUAAACGGCAUGAAAUUGGCAAAUAUUCUAAUGUGAAUAUUGACGUGCCUGUCUUUGCACAUUGGGGGCGGUGCGAUUAAAUACAUAACAUUCGCAGCACGCAAGUCACAGGGUCCUAUUUUUUGCGAUCACUGUAUUACGUACGGAAUUUACUUGGAGUAUCGCUGAUAAAAUAUUUUGUGUGGAAAGGGACAUGUGAGGACAAGGAGAAUUGUGAGGUGGGAAGCUGCUGUUGAAGGCAUGGAGAGCCUGAUGCACUGACGGCUGCUCGGAGCUCUGCCUGUUAGCGAGAGGGCUUCUCCCUCCGUUUACAGUGGGUGGCCCUUGUGUUUAUCCGCCUUCAAUGCCGAUCUGGUCCAUGGUACAAUGCUAGCACUUUACAUGGGCUCGAUUACACACACACCGUCAUCAUAUUCAAUCUCCGCAGCAAUUUUCCUCCAAACAUUGUCUUUCGGAUCAUUGUCUUUUUUUUUUUUUUUUACCUGUUUUGUAUAAAGAAUCGGCUGCUGUGAUAUGAACACAAUCAAGCUCUCCGCCAUGUUGAAUGUUUUGGUAUGUGACGUGUCAACAACGAGCGUUUCGUCUCAAUUUCGCUCAGUGAAAUAAUACUGUUGUGCAAACUUGCAAUGGAAAACAGCAGAUCCCAAAAACAAAUUAUGUGUGAAAUAUGUGCAUCAAAAAUAGGUGUCUGAUGUGCAAGGACCUUAAAGUCUAACUGGACUGAUGUCACAACAAACAAAAUGAGCAUUCUUAUUACAAUAUAUUGCUGAGCAUGCAGUAUUGCAAUGUAACGUGUCACCACUACUGCAUCGGGAUACGUAUCUUAAGAUGUCCACCAAUACACAGCCCGAGUAGGUGUGUAUGUGUGUGCUGAUUCCCCCACAUCAACAGAGCUGGUAUUUCUCCCUGCUGGAUGGACCGAAACAACUACAACAAAAAUGAAAUUUGAUGUAUCUUUUUUUAUUACAUUCGUUUUGUUAUGGCAAAAGUUUUUGAUAUAGUUUAUUAUACUCCCCAAAACAUUGUCUUCCGUUGUGUACAAUGGAGUCACAGCUGUAUAUUAGAUUGGUCUGCGUUUAUUCUUCCCACAAUGGGGAAAUUGUGGAUUCAUACCUUGGUUUUAUUUAAUAAACUAAUGCUAAUAUGUACAAUACAUUAACACUGUGGAAAGACAGUGUUUUUUUCUCUCCUGUAAACCCCUGUUAAAGUUUCAACAAAGAGGUUCAUCAUCUCACUUUCACUUUGACUUUCACCAAGAUCAACCGGCCCAAAGUGCACAGCUGCCAGCGUCACGUGUCAAAGGUGUUUACUGGUGUCGAACAGUGUGUUAACAGGACGUAUGACACAGAGUUCUGGCCGCGUAGCUGCAGCCCGAGCUGGGUGGCAGCACGACGGGCUGCACGACAAUAUCACGCGGCAGUUAUGUCGCUUCUCUGCUGGGCCGGUUUAAUUACAGGAGAACAGCGUGCACCAGUCUGGGCCUCCAAAUGGCACCAUAUGUUUUCCCAGACUAACCGGCUGAGUAAAUGCCAUUUACCCAUUCAGGAUGCUCUGUGUCUGGGAAUCAGUCAUUCACACUCUUAUAAAACCCUGCACACCCCCAAACACCAUAACCACCCACCUCCUCUAUAUAAAAGUCAGCUGUCUGCGAUUUACGCUGUUCAACGCUCCGUGCAUCCCGACAGAGCUUCCUGUUCGGUUUAACCAUUUACCAAUCUCACCGUCCCACUCAAACAGACAUGCAUAAUGGACUCUUGGCUAGUUUAACUAAUGGCUGCCGUUGGGUUAGUCAGAAGUUUAGUCAGGUGUAUUAUUGCGUCGGCUGAGUUAAAUCCACACAUUUGACUUGACAUGGAGUGGAACAAGGUCAAAUCAAGAAUUCUUUUCUGCUGUUGUAUAGAAAAUAAAACAGCCAGCACAAAAUUUAUGGUAAAAGAACAAUGAAAAAAUAAUAUUUAUACCAACAGUAAUAAUCGUAAUGUGAUAAAACAAAUAAUUAAGUCAUUGCAUGUUUUAAUGUUGUGAAAUAUAAUCUUGAUUUGACCAGUAUUGCAAAGAAAUACUGUACUGAUGGAUCUUGAACCUUUGUAGAUUGAUACGAUCAUAAUACAUUUAUAGAUUGCAUUUUGUAUAAAUCAUUUUACAUUUUUGAAGGGAAAGGGAAAAGCUUCAACUCUGUCACAUACUGUUCAGACUUAGAGGGAAUUACCAUUUUAUCAGGAAAGGCACUGAAAGUUAAGUUGGGCUUAAUAAAAGGUUGCCUUACAUGAGAUGAAGUCUUCCAAACUUUCCCACAGCCAUGAGCACCGGCAGUCGUGACUCUCAGCUACCAUACAACCGUUGUUUUGUUUGUUUUACCUCUGCAUUUCUUAUACAGGAGCAUGAUUUCUCUUCCUGCCAAGGAUGUACCUGCACCUGGGUUAAUGUGAGCUGGGAUUGAUGCCAACAUCUCACAGCUUUGCCUCAUAUUCUUUUCUGAUUGCUGCAGUGUUUCUUGGUUUAUCAUUACCUCCUUUUAAACAAUACAUAGAUAGGAUUCAAUUCUGAUGUAAGGCACAUCAGGCAAUAUUUUUUGCGUCUUCUUUGUAGUUUGAUAUUCCUCCCCAUCCCCACCUUCAAGCGGGAUCAGUCGAGCAGAUUGCAGGUCGAAGGCUCAUGUUGUGUUGGCAGGUUUGAGGGGGUGUCAGCUGGGCUGUUGUCCUGUCAGGGGGGAACAGGCUGGCAGCACGGCAGGAAGGCCCUGUUUAAGAUACACUGCUGGGAAUCGGACUGAGCUGGAGUGUGGUCCGAACCGCAACACACACAUGCAUGCACCCACCGGGAGGGAUUGCUCAGCAAGGUUGGUGGGGGUUUUCCAUAACUUGGGAUGAAGACAUCUACUCAUUUAUAACGUUUGACAUCACCAAUCUGCCUUUUCUCCUCUUCCCUCAUAAACUCGGACGAUGGGUGUAAAGAUAACAAGCUGCUGUUCUUGUCCUGUACACUCUUAAAUUUUGCUUUUACAUGUACAGUUUGGUUUGUGCUCUGUCAUAACUCAUGGGAUUUUUUGUCAGUUAAACUGCUGUGUUAAAUUCAAGGUUGUUUUAUUUUUUUUUUAAAAUCUUUUUAUUCCAACUGAUUUGGCCAUGAUAUUGACUUUUUUUGCUUUUAAAGCUGGGCUGUCAAACUGAAUCACACCAGUGGCCAAAUUUGAACCCUCUUUAUAUUGCUAUUUAUUAAACUGACUAUAACUGUUGUCUGCCUUUUUUAUUGAUGGAGAGAUUUAUUCAUCCGGGGUUUGUAAAUUAUUUUUUUUGUCACUGAAAUUUUCUCUAGGCAGGGCUCCCCGGCAUUUCGGGUGAUGACUGUAACAUCUGAUACAUCUAUUUUUUUUGGGAAUUUACAGUACAAAAACUGUGCAACUAAUCUGCUGCAACUCACUGUUAAUGUCUUGUGUAUAAUAAAUGUGCAAUAAUGUAAAUAACACAUCUAUAAAAGCAAAAUAUUGAUAAAUUUAAAAUAAAUUUAGAAGUUUGCUUGACCUAUGUCGCACUAUACACUAUUUACAGUAAGAUUAAUAUUGACCACACAAGUGAACAUGUUAUUUACGUUCUUAGAUGCAGCAUGUAUUUUUCUUUCCAGUUCAUCAAACACUUUUUGAUAAUAUCAAAAACAUUUCAACACUCCACAUGCUAUGUCCAAGAACAUAAAUAUUGUCUCCAGUUGCGCGUCUACUUUGCUGUUGCUUUGUUUGUUCAAUGUGAAACAUAUUGUAAACAGUUUUAUAAAAUGACUACUUUUCUGUAUAGCAACGUCAACGCAAAAACAACGCGUCAUGAGCAAACUUCUAAAUGUUUUAUUUACAUUUUUUUUUUCUUUUUGUGUCAUCUCCCAAACAUCAAUGGUGAUUUGCAGAAGAUGACUUCAUCCAUUUUUUGACUAUAAAUUAAAAAUGUAAAUACGUCAGAAGUCAGUCAUCGACGGAAGCCCCAAGAAAAUCUGAGUAGCUGAGGAAAAAGUUUUAUAGACGAUGGCACUGUAUGCACACAGAGAAGAUAAACUUCCUGUAUUACAGGAAAGCUGCAAUGAUGGUGAAUUAUAUAUAUUAGAUCGACUCAAAGACAGUAUACAUAGUUUUUAUUAAAAAAUAAAAAUCACACAUUUCCUACAAAACAAAAAGAAAAUCAGUGUCUCCACUGUGUUUCGGUUCAGACUCUUGGGGUGUGUAUUUAAAAACUUUUAUAUUCAAAAGAAAACUUUUCCUAUGACCCUUGUGUCUGCAAUUAUCACACAACUACAAAGUGCUCUCACCAAACAUCUCAGUGUCGAUCAAGUGUUUCCUGAGGUAAACGAAGCGUUGCCACAUUUCCCAGCACCAUCGAGCCCUAAUGUGCGCCGCUAACACCCCGUUUAAAAGACAGACGCACAAUUACACACUGCACUACACUCUCUGCAUGUCCAGGAGGGACUUUCUGCAUGACAUGCUAUUCUCUGAUUGUCUGUUUAGCAACUACAGCAUGUGCGAGCGCUGCCACAUUUGCAUAUGCCGGCAUGUAUAUUUCAGCAGCAUUUAAGACACACAUCAGAGGUGGUGAAUUAUGCAUUGCACUGCUACAGUGGUGGCGCUUGUUUUAAGCUCUCGUGAAGGGAAAUUGAACAGCGUUUUUUUUCUGCUCAUGACACUCAAGACCCAAGGCCCAUUAAAGUACACAGACGUAGGCUGCCUCUAAAUGGACCGGUGGUGUACAUCGUAUUCCCUGUUAACAACACAGGCCCGACAAGCCAAAAGGAAUCUGACAGGUUCUGCCGUUGAGGUAAUGAAACUCCCGUCUCUCCAAAGGGAGUGACUGUUGUAGUUUCCUUGUAGACCACUCUUGUCUUUUCAUAUGUGAGUGUGCAUUUGUGUUUGUUAAAUGUGGUGCUGUGGCAGAGAUGAGUGGCUGAAUUAUUCAAAAGUGGCAUGUCUCACAAAAUGAUGCAAACCUAUGCAUGGAUUGUCAGUGGGAGGAAUCGAGUGUUGCGGUAAACACAGCCUAAAAGGCUCUUAUGCAUUAUAGACAAGUCCUUUGAAACGGUUUUCUCAUAUGCAAAUGGGACACACAGGGCUGCGAAGGCUUCAUACAAAUCUCUCUCAUUCACUUCGAAUCCAAAUGAGGCACGCGGCUGUUUAUGUUUAUAUUGUCUGACUGUUAGGAGAUGAAGGAGGGGGUGUCGGUCAGAGCGCAUAAAAGAUGCAAUAAAGAAGGCAAUUGUGAUGGUAUCAGUGUUUACUUUUAAUAAUGAGAUGUGGUUUGGCUUGCACAUAGCGAGCGGCGAGCUGUCUACGCCGCCUGACUCAAGCAAAUGAGCAUAUGCCAUUGUGGUAACCGAUGCCCGUACAUUGCUCUGUAUCUAUCCAGUGCAGGGACUCCGAAGGUCUCAUGUCAACAUAUUGUUUGUUUUGCUUUCAAAGCUGCAUUACUGGCUUCGCCAAGGAGUUCAAGUGAUCGUUCACGAUUAGCUGUCUGUUAGCAAACUAACAGGUGAUGAGAUUUUGGUUCAGGAUCAACAUUUCUUUUUUCAAGUGACCCUGCAUGAUAAAGACAUGGAAUGCCCAACUUGGCGGAGGCUGGCGCUCUCUAAGUACUUUUCUUGUUAUUUCCAUGUGGCUGAGUUCUAUCGAGGUAUUUUGAAUAGGAUGUCACAUUCAUCAAUCCAAGGUUUGAGUAGGUAGACAUUGUCUUAUAUUCACACCUCAGUUGACAGAGGGCACGAUUGACAGUUGGCUUUACUUUCACUGCUCUGAUAUUAUGGACCAAUCAAAAUAGGUCAAUGGUCAUUAUUCACCUUCUCUGCUCUUCUUGUUGAAGUUUAUGGAAACUAUUGCUUUAGUUUUCACUUUCAUCUGACAGGGGUCACACAAGGAUUGUGCCCCCAUUGUGGGUUUCAACAUUGCCCAACGUUUCGCCAUUGCCAACCUCCCGGUCUGACUCCAAGCCAUGGUCAUAAUUGUUUCUCCAACAUGGUUGUAUUCCGUUGAAUAUUUGUCAAGAACACUUUUUUUUUAUAAUCCUCUUCAGACUUACUGCAGUAAAACUGUCUUCACAAAUCUCAGCACUGCCCACAAUCUUUUAAAUGACACAAAAAAUGCCGCAAUACGUGGUGAUAGAUGACCAGUCAGUCUGCUUUCAUGUUUGAAAGCUUGUACUGUAUGUUUUGCAUGUGCAAGAAAUGACAAUAUGAACCUCAAACAGUGAGAACUCCAUAUCGUCUUUAACUGACUGAAUAUUGAACAAAUAAUCUACAAAGUCAACUUUAACAAUUGUCUCCUGAAAUUGUUCCAUCUCCCAGAGGCAAUGUGAAGCCACGGGGUUGUUGUGCCACCCUCUCUUUCUCCUCCACUUCCUUCUCUUUAUUGUUUUAUGAUGCAUUUCAGACAAUUAUCAUAUCCUUGGCUUGUUUAGCUUUGCCGAGUGCCUGCUAUUUAUGAAGUUUAUUUGAGGCUCCCUGCAUGGUAAACGGUGAUAAGCUCAGCCUCUAAUAAAGCCCAACUCGUAAACAACUCUGCAGCUCAAUCCUUAAUAGCCUCAAGGGUUUGUGAAAGCUUUAUAACACAUUUAUUACCAGUUUAAUGGCCACAGAGCGUUGAGCCAUAACACACGCAACUCUAAUUAAUUUUUCUGACAUAUAUUGGCUUUAUGUUGUCUCUCAGUUAUGUUUGCCAGCCUGAUUGAUUUCGAGUCAUUUUAGUGUCUUGCUUAAUGCAGUGCGACAUCAAAGUGAGCUAUACUACACACAGUUGCCUCAAUUAUUUUGUCGCUCGCUAUUCACAGUCUGUUAAGAGAAAAGUAGAAACCAUUACUUUGUUCACCAAAAGCACAAAUCCACUCGGAACAGACGAACGGGGCAGCGUGGGGAAUAGAGAUAUUUGAUGUUGGAUCUCCCCCUAUUUACAGUAGGCUGCCUGAAUAAAAUGUGUUCAGAAGCUGGAAAGCAGCAUUAUGACCCAUAACCCCGAGGUAUUUGAAAUGUAACAGCAGGACUUACUUUGAAAAAAGAAUUGGAGAUGUGCUCAGAGCUCACUGUUUAUACGUGAUGAGAUUUGGAGUGCAAUAUAUGUUCUUUCUUUUCAGUUUAUUGUGGGGAAACAGCGACCUUCAGACAGAAGAGGAAUGGCUGGGUCAAAAGUGAAUAUUCUUUAUGCAUUAUUUUGCAUAAAAUACACUGCAUAUCAAAUAUAUUGUAUAGUUUAAAUGAUAUUAUAACUCAGCCACUGGCUAUUGUUAGCAUCAAUCUUCCUUUGGAAAUGUUUUUCGUCCAUGAUCCCGACAGCAAAUGUGCACAAAUCCUCGCCUGAGCACAUUCAAGGCUGGUCGCUCACCUCCUGUUAUGUCUGUCACCUGGGGUUCAUCCAAAUACAUUCCUUCAAGUAUCCAAGGUAAUUUGAAGUAAUUUUACUGAUUUUUUUUUUAUUUGAUUUUUUUUUUACUGAUUUGAUGGGGAAUUUAUUUAAUUUUUUCUUUGUGCACACUUCGUCAUUUCCUAGAAAUGAAGAUCAAGACUCAAUUCGGACAAAAGAACAAACUGAAACUGUCUUUGAAGGUGGUUUUGUGUUUGUGGAAUAAGUAAAAACCUACUAGAUCUGGCUGUAGUGGAGUUAGUUGAAAUGUUUGCAGAGACAAUGCGGCAUUAGGGCGAGCGAACCCCUUCGACACCAUGGUAUAGUGAUGAAAGAGUUCUGUGUUUGAUCAUUGACAGUGGACAACCCUGAGCUAAUAGCUACCUUGACGGUUAGCAUGGCGGUAACUGUUGUUGUCAGAGGAAAUUAUUGGUUUUAAAUAAUGUCACACACAUCUGAUUCCCGCUAUGACCAUGCUUGUUUUUAGAGAUUUGUUUGCUCAGGUAGCAUGUGUUGUUUCCUGCACAGAUAAUAAUAAGUUGGGAGCUACACUGAACACAUCAUUUUAGAAGUUUGCAUUGUUAUUCAAAUAAGACCUCUUAAGCGUGAUGAGUUGAUAUAUUAAAUGAGGUACAUACAUUUAUGUUUUAGACUGUUCACCAAGGACCAAUGAAGACUUUCAGUUUAAAACAACAGUAGCUCUCUGUCAACUGUGUCAUCGUUCAGGCAUCACAGGGUCAAAUUCUGUUCCAGAUCAGACAGGGCGACUCAUUCCUGUUGCUCUGAUGCUAAAUCCACUGAGCUUUUUGUUUCAAGUUUCAAGAAUUGUGAUCCUGAUUUGACUCUUUAAAAACUGACAAUCACAUGCAGUAUCAUAAAUGGAACUCCUAUAAUCUAAGACAACACCCAAAUCCAUUGAUGAAAAUGUGGUUUUAUUGAAACAUAUUCUGCAGUACUUUCACCAUAGCCAGUACAAUUACACUGUAAUAUCGACGAAGUAAUGACAAUCAGAAUAGUUGUUAUAUUGCUUGACAUUUGUGAAUCAUGAUAUUGAGUCACUGGAUUCCCACCUCUACUGUUGACCACGUACUAAACUGCAAGGAAACUAGUGCACCAGCGUGAGGGACAAAUUCCCAAUUCACCUUUAGAACGUCUCAAAAGCUCUUUUCAGAACUUGCUGAUGUAAGUUUGCUAGGUCGCAAUGAAAAAAACAAUUGGUAAACACUGUGUUGUCUCGAAAACAAAACAACUUUUCUAGGCAUUGCUAAUUGGCAAAACUGCGGCCUGAGACUCACCUUCUGCAGUAAGUAUCAGUUUCAGGUGGUCCUCAAUUAUUGUUUUGAAAAGAAGCAGAGUAUCAAUCAUUCAUGUGUAGGAAGAAAAAAAAAGAAAAACUGAUGAGUGUUUGCUGGAUGGCCAGUUCGACCAAGACUGGUGGAAGGAACACGAAAUUGCUGAGCGAAUCAAUAGGAGGUGGGUAAUAGUUGGGGGAUCCUCUUUCAAAGGGCCUAGCUGAAUUUGCUCAACUCCUGGUUUUGAUCUGGUACUGUACUCUCUUCGUUGUUGGCAUAGCUGAUGUUGUUUGUGUGUUAUUUUAGCCUUCCCAAGUAGUUAGUUUGCAAUGUGGACGAAAAUACAAAUUAAGGUCCAUCUGUUUUCAAUGGUCAGACAGAUGGACUCGGUUAAAUGAGAACAUUCUGAAAACCCUGACAGGUUACAGGUUUCUGUAAUGAACGUGCUGCAAGAGGCAAGGUUUCCUCCAGAAUAAAAUAUGAAGUAUAUAUAUAUAUAUAUAUGAAGAGUGCUCCACGCAAUUUUGCCUUCACUCCACUCGGCUGCUCUUUUGUCACACUGUCUGUGGCAGAACCGCUUCAAGUUGGAGAAGAUAGGAUGGUUCAGUUCGGACGGCAUUUAUUACUAGGCAUUUCAUGGUCAAUGCCAUCAUCAUUCAGUACUGUAGCCAACAUCUCACAUAUUAGCGAUCAAGUGAAUGAGACAACAACCGCUCCGGUUCUGGUCUACAUCUGGUGGGCAUCUGAGCCUGGCGUCCACCGGGGCACGAGAGAUCUGACUCCCUCUAAAGCUGGAAACCCUGCAGUACUUUAAGCAAUAAAAUUUACAUUUGUAACAUCCUACUGGGCAGCUCUUCAUGCAACCCUUGUUUAUAUUAGCAACAUAUCGACUGUUUCACUGCAAAAACAAUUAGAAUUGCUCGUGGCACCAUUUCAUCGGUCAACUGUAUGUGUACAUGUAUGCUUUUUCACCAACAUAUUCCCACAUCCAAGGUGUCAAAUAGCAAUGAUUUGCAUUUGCAUGUUGAUGCAUUAAGCUUUCAACUGAAAUGUACGUGCCACCUUGCACUGCAUAUACUGAAGCCCUGGGCAGAGUGUUGCGUAAAAGAAAGGUGGAGGAUGGAAGUAGGCACAGCCAGUGCAAAGAGGAGAGAUGUAACAGAAAGUGAAGUGAAAGAGAAUGCAUCUGUAGUUGUGCUAAACCAUAAGUAUGUUUUAUUUGGACAUUUAUUGUGAUUUUAUAACGUAAAUUAUUCCGUAAAAAAUAUGGGCAAACUGAUCGGUUAAAGUGUCUUGCAUGUUUGCAAGUCCAAGCAAAUGCCAGGCUCCUUCUUUAUGUGUCAACGUCUAUAAUCAUUGCUCAGGGCUUGGACCAAAACACUUCUGAUUUAGGAAAGUUGGGCCGCUUUGAACUUGCAUGUUUUUGAUAACUACUUGGUAUGCUUCCUGGAGGAUAACCUGCGAGCUUGGCUUCCCAUGCUCUCACUCCUUUGAUUAAGUGCCAGGGCGAGAUGGCUCGGCAUUCAAUAAGGCUUUUACCUUCCUCAUAUCCCAACUGUCCCAGGCUUGAAAGGGCCAAAUGCUCCCUGAUCUCAAUAGGAGAAUUGAAUCCAUCCUUGCUGAACACUCCUCUGCAGAGUUUUUGUUUUAAGAGAGUGGGCCAAUAACCUCCUUCCUGUAAGUGCCCUUCCCCUUGUCCCUUAUCCUGUUUUAGGUCAACAUGCUCCCUGUUCUCCUGCGCUGUUUAUACAUUAUGACUCAUCUCGACAAGCAUGUAUGUGGUACCUUGAAGCUUCCCCCUUUUCUUUUUUUGCUCCCUUUCAAGCAAUGUCAGGUCAAAGCGUUCAUAAAAUAAGAAAAAAAAACAAAAAACAGGUUUAUUAUGAUGACAAUUAUCAGGGUGAGGCACGUAACUUAAUAUAAGCCAACCAAAGAGAAUUCUACUUUGCCAUGUAUGAUUAAAGGCUCCUUCUUUGAUCAUUAUUCUCAAUUGUAUCUAUCAAAUUUCUUGACUUUUUUUUUUCCAGAACUGCACCUGCAAUAUGUGGUUAGCUGUCUGUAUCCAUUAGAAGUAUUCCAUGAAUGAAAGGCGAGAGAUUUGAGUCAGACUUGUGGUGAGGCAAAUUUCAACAUAAGCUUUUCAUAAAUUGUUCUUCUCACCAUGACUGGGUCACAAUAAAAGCUCUGUUUUUCCUCCUUGUUGUACAAACUAUUAUUAGUUUUAUUAUUACUAUUGUAUUACAGAGAUGCUUCAUCUGACUACUUUAUGAGACAAACUCAUCUGGGGUUUUUCCCACCGGCAGUCAAUAUGCCGUAAGCAGUGAAUGAAUUCAAGUUGCAAAAGUUACUGUUUGUGUUUAGCGAACAUUUCUCUACCUGUUGAAUGUUUCUCGUCUACCUCCAAAUCCAAGGUAUUUCCAUUUGAUUCACAGCUCCAGCAGUGAAGUUAGUGUGGCUCGGCUGCAGACUUUUCUACAUCGCUGUCUUUCCCGCUUUUGUUUUCUUUAUAAUUCAUUACUGCCUUCAUAUGCCGUAUAUAUUUUUGUUGUGGGUUAUUGGGGCAUGAAUAAGCAUGUGUCACGGGCUUUUCACAAUCCCUCAUAAGCAAAUCCCACCCUCCAUCUCUGCGUUGGCCCAGCGGGCUCCACUCACAGUUCUUCUUACAGCCAUGAAGGGAUUUGGGCUGGAUGGGCAGACCCUGACUGGGCUGAUUGCUUUGAAUGGCACUGGCUAAAGCUGCCUUUGAAAGUCGGGGCGUUGAUGAGCUCCUUCUCAGUAGAGCCUGUGUAGUCACUGCCUCUGGGAGGGACCCUCACUAAUACCUCAGCAUUAGAUAUACAGCAAGAGGCAGGGAUCUGCAGUCACCCCGAGCAAUACACACACAGUCAUGCUUAUAGACACGCACACAGCCAUUUGCACAACAAGGGAAAAUGCUCCUUGUGAACUUUUUUCUCAAUUCUGCUGCCUGCUAGUUUUUCUGGUCCACAACUUUCUUCUCAGAACCUAGAUGAGGAAAAGUUAUCAAUUGUGAAGCACAUGGUGGUUUUGUUUAUGACCUCUGCGAUAGAAAUGCUCAUUGUUGAUCUUUGAAGCUGGUUUCAAACCAACCUACUGUAUGUAGCAGGUUCGGUUGUAAUUUGGGCAAACUCUUGGAGUGAACUUGGGCCCUUUCUGUGAGUUUGUAUGUUCUCCAGGUGCUUGCUUGGUUCCCUUCCACUGUCCUAACUCAUAGAGUGGGUAACAGAUGAUGUGUCCGAUGUCAUGACUGUGUAUCUACACUAUGUUUGCUUGAGAUUGACUGGAGCAGGGCUUCCAGUCAAGGGUCCAGGGUGUCCUCCACUACUUGCCUCAAGUAGCUGUGAUAGAACGUAUGGAUGAACGUAUACAUGUCAGAGCUUUCGUGCGAAGCAGCUAGUCCAACAUGUAGCGUGAGUUACAGUUUCAAUUGGCAAGUCGAUUAGCUCACUCUCUAUGGCUGCAAAUGCUGCUUAACCUUAGACCUACUCCUUUAAGUUAUUGACGUGUGAGCAACAUUCCCCUUCAACGGUCAAACUAAGUUUAAAAAAAAAACGCAGAGCUGUAGAGCGAGGAUUUCCGGAUGCGUACGUGAGCUUGCUUGUGUUGUUCGCUGUUUCACCUUGUCCUCUUACGCUCAUAAAACACCUUGAACAUGAGAGAAGACAAAUUACAGUUUCACAUGCAGGUGUCCGGGUGCAUUUUUAUCUCUCAGCAGGCCCCCAGGGUGCACUACCUGUGUUCUACAGCACUCACUGUGACAUGGGAGCUGUCACUGGUGGGGCCCCUGAGGCCCUGGCUGCUGUUCUGAACAGGGUGGCCUGCUCUUUUGAUGGACUGUCCCCCGAAGCGUGGAGCUCUGAACUUUGGAUGCGUCCACACCCCGCACUCCUGACCCCAAACCCUGUUACCCCUUUGACUAACUCUGCUAUUUUUGAAGUGACACGUCCACUCUGAACAUCCUCUGUGAUUAACUUGAAAACAUAGUGGCUACACCGAGUCAUCCUCAUUACAGUCAUCGCAGCAAGUCGGGGCAGGACGGCGUCUUCUGUGGGUUCAUUAAAAUGGAAAAUUCCAAGGUUAUGCUUGUUGAUGUCAGUGAAACUCAAGUCUUUGUGAUACAUGAUUGUCUUUAACAACACUCACACGGCUCCGGGCACAAAAACAAGCUCAUAUUGUGUAGACUCAGACAGAGGGGUAAAAGUAGUAGUCGUCAUUUACUGAUAAGUGACAGAGACAGCUGCUUAUCCUGACAUGAUCUGUGUGGCAUGAAGGGUUUUGAGCUUUAAGUUUAAGACAGCAUGCUGGAGAAGGGAUGAGGUUGAAGCGCAAUUCAGUUCUGGAUGGUGUGGAAUGUGGAGUUUGCAUGUGCCCAAUUCAGCUCUGUCGCCUUCAGGUCCUUCUCAAUUGAGAUGCAUACUGACUUGCUCUUUUAUGAGAAGCUGUCUAUCAAACCAGGCGAUCAUUUACAAGUUAAUGGUUGCCAUUUUAAACUUCAUUUCUGUGAACAAAUAGCCAGUAGUGUCUCAUUAUUUCAGCUCAUUUCAGUUUGCCUUUUUGCAUAUGUUUAUUUAGUAACUUUGUUCGCAAUGAUUUUUCACUUUUGAAGCUUUUGUUUUUGCAGCAGAGGAAGAAAAGUCUCUUUCUCUGCAGUAGUCUCGAGAAUAGUCAUUGUCCCUUGGUUGAAGCCUUGUUUUUGAAAAGGUUGCUACUGCUGCUCUCUGCUUCUCUAAACACAGCUAGGCAUUAGCACGGUCUCUUGUUACAGGCCCUGGCUCCUAAUGAGAGACCCAAUCACACCGAGGGAAAAGUUGGAUCAGCACCGAGACACCAGACCCAACCUGUGGUUUACCUCUCGAAACACAACCGCACUGUUAUGUCUUUGCACUUUCUUUUUCCUCCCGCUGAAACGCUUGUGCUGCUGCGUCUCUAUCGUGACCCUUCUACAUUACAACAAUAGAACAGGUCAAAUUUGAUUUGUUCACAAAUAGGUAACAUUGAGUCCUGUGUGGGUGAGAUGUUGGUGACGUAGCCUUCUGCUUUGCCGGUUGAUUUAGUAUUUUGGGUGUUGAGUUUGUACGCAUGCACCAUUAAAGCAGAAGCUGGCCAUCAAUGAAAACUUCAAAUUUUAGGGCAGGGUCACACUAUAGGCAAUUUCAUCCGUGCCAUCCGUUCUUCUUCUUUCAACACAUUCUUUUCUAAACAGCCAGCCCUCAAAAAUGUCAGGACUCUUGACUACGUCCAGCAUAUAAAGUGGACCCGAAUAGAUGGGGCUGUGGCUCUAGCCGUCAGAUUCGUAGUGCUAAUGUCUACAGUGUGAAAAUCAGAGCAGAUCAUUGCGUUCAAUCUAUUCUGCGUUCUAAACAGCUGGUCCACACAGGCCCGUACUCAAUCCUCAUGCAAACUUGCUAGUCCUCCUCUACUGGACAACACGGCAAUCCAACUUUUAACUGUGACUCCAAGGGCCUACGCUAAUGUACAUCUGGGAUAAGAGAAAGGGAAAAUAGCAACAUUCACGCUGUCUUCUGUCACUCCUGAGUUCGAACUGUGAUUUACAGAGAAGUCGGCACAUUGUAAGAACCUGAAUAGGAUCACUCACUCCAGCAGGAAGAAAGAGGAGGAGAGCAGCCUUCUCUGUCCCUGGUGCUUCUCUUACACACCUUCCUUAUCUCUUCUUAUUUCAAUUUCUGUUUAUAGUUUUGACGGAUUAUAAAAAAGCAAUGCCGGGUGGAUACCUUCUCUUUCCCCCCUUCUGUUCUUUUCCCUUUUUUCAAAGUGAGUGAUUGUUAAACAGUUUAUGUAUUCUCUUUCUGCCAGUGUGUUUAUUGGAGGUAGUGAAUUAGGUUUGAAACCAUCACCGGAGGUUGUGUUUGAAACUUGAAAGGAAGCCCCCGUAGCACAGGCUCCCUCCCUUUCUCUCAUCAGCCCCCUCUUACUCGGUCCUCCUCUCUCGAUUUCCUCCUCUUUCUUUCUCUCUCACUCCAUCACUCAGGCGCACACAACCUCACACUCUCUCAGCGUUAGCACAGUUGUCACAUAGCGGCGCCGUUAUCUGCACAUUAUUAGUUAUUACUUUAUCGGCUCCCAAAGCUGUCAGAAGACACCCUCCUGGAAUAUACAGCCGGCACAAGCCAUCAGUCCUCAUUACGGGAGACCCGUGCACAAUUUACACCCAGCUGCCACUCACACAGCCACGACAACAUGCUAAUGUGUACGUGUUUUUCCCUGUAUGUGUGCGAUUGCUUUUAUGCAGAUGACAGGGCUGCGCACAAACGAUAUGAGCACACCUUUAAGGGAAUACACUCACAUGUAUGAAUUGGGCUGGGCUAAUGUGUAACAUGAUAAAAGCCUUCACCACGGCCUUUAUGUUUGCGUUUGAGGCUUUUUUCAUGCCGCUUUAAACCACCAGGAGGCAGGGACGGCAUAGAAACUACCGUUCAGAGGACUCAACGUCACCACACAGGUGUGCGGUAAAACCCCUGGAGCCACCGAGAGCAGAACAGGGCCCGGCAAGUCAAGCCGGGUGAGUUUCUGCGUAUCCAGAGAUAGCGAUCAACGCACAUGUGAACAGCGUUUGUGAGAGGGACUGGGGUCAGAGUCUGUACAACAACAAAAACGGCACUUUUGCGCCAUGAAUUAUGUUUUCAUCGAACCGGCGUUGCCUGGGGUGACUGUCAGGAACAGAUGUACAAGUCAGGUACUCAUCAUUAGCGAAUGAAUAUGAAGAUUGUGCAAAUCAGGCCUCCUGCACCGACUUGCUAUUCGGCACCCGUUACCGAGUCCUGUUCCAGGAACGCACCUCUUUUACGUUUGAUCUCGCAAAGUGGCCACAUUAGCGCUGACUAAUUCCCCCGCAUUUGUAUUUAAAAACAGCGCACUCCAGUUCCUUUCCAGGAUUUGUAAUGGGAUUGGAAUUGUUAGUACUAAAUCCGCCCAUCCGCUUUGUAUGCUAUAGAACUCCGAUGUCACUUUGAGCUGUCAGUCAGGGAAUGGUAUCUGUGUUCAGUGUUUAAUAAAAGGUCAGACUUUGAGUGAACGUGCAAUUAUGUUGUCAGGCACAUAGGUUGACACAUUUAUGCGUUGAUUAUAGAGUUUGGGUGACAGUGAAGAAAGAAAACAUAUAUCAAACAACCGCUGAUCUGUUGUUGCCACUUUGGAGAGGAAACAAGUUCAGGUAACCUAGAAGGAAGGAAGGUGACUUGAUGACAUGCUGAAACAAGAAAAAUAUCAGCAAUACACUGAAUAUCUGCCACAUUAUUCUAUCACUUACUGCAUAGGAGGCGACCACUAAUGAAGGUUUUUCCUCUGUGCCUCCACAAUAGCUGGUGGAUUUAUCAUGUGAGUGAUCGCAAGCCUGAUUGAUUAGUUUUACAACAAAUGCCCAGGGAAAAUGAUGACAUUUUUAUUUUGGUCCGCCAUGUCUGAAAUUGUUAUUGGACAACAGUCAAGUAAAAUGAUACUAAAGUACUUCACGGCAAAUAGACUGUAAAUGUGAGUGUAGAUUUGUUUUCCUGACGCAAAAAUCUUGAACACAUGACUUGUUGAUCUUUGGCCAAAUGUCGUAGUUGUGAACCAUGGCAUUAAACUGUAUUUGAAGCCUGCGUUCCACCCUAACAGAAGUAAGAGACCUCCCUCCUCCUAUUUCUACCUUACUACUGUUGCAUGCAGGUGAUGCAGCAAUACUUGAUAGCAGUAGGAGACAGUGGUGUGUGAGUGAAUUCAUCCCUCCCAGUUACGGAAGUUUAGUGACACUUCUUCUUGUUGGCCCAUCUAGUUCGUCUUCCCUACUCACGCCUGUCUUCUUCAUGUUCCUUGCACCUCAAAGGUGGUCUUCCCCUUCAUAUUCUUCUGAUCUGUUGUGUUUGCAUCUCAAACUUUCUAUGUCCCAUGCUCCUUGUCUCUCCUCUCCUUCUGAGUCUUUACUUUGUCUCUAAACUUCUACAUGAGUCCAUCUGAUAUACUAGUAUCUUGCCAUUCAUAGUCAUUCCCAAUGAGAAGCUAAUCAUCUUCCACUCUGCCACUUCUUCUUCUCUUUGUGUCACAGCUGCCGUCUCCAAACCAAACAUCAUGGCAGGUCUCACUGCAAUCCUAUUAAACUUUAGCCUUGCUGCCCCUCCUCAGAGCAUCCCACACUGUUUCCACACCUAUGCUCUCCGUUUCAGAUGUUUUCAUCUGUUAAGAAUAGCAAUAUCCCGUGGUAAAACUAACCAGAGAGUUUUCCUAGUAAUCUAAUCCAGGUCGAGACCAUGAAUUCAGAAUAUUGUAGAACUUGCCUUUCUGUGUCGCCAAGAUAAUAUUUUAAAUAAUCCUCACUUCGGAAGGUCACCAGAAGUAACAGCGCAUCAUUCACUGCUUUCGGGUGUGUUUUGUUUAUUGAGAGAGAGAGACAUGGCUGGAUGUGUCUUCGCCUCCAUUAUCUGCAGGACAGUGUUUGGAUGGCCGUCAGCUACAGGAAGGAUUUGUCAAGCUGCUCUUGGAUAGCGGAGUCUCCAUAAGACAUUGUGCUAAACAUAAUUAUGCAAACUUUUUUCUUCAGUGGGAACAAGAGGAAAUAAUGGCUUUAAUAUAUGCCCUCACCUAAAGCAAGUGUUUUGUAUGCAAAUGAGGAGUGAUUCAAGGGACGGAGAGGCGGAGUGUCUCUUGCAUCCAUCUUUUGUUGCCAGGCGGAUUAAGGGAGAUCUGUUAUGGUUUGUUAACACGAGAGCUUUUGAGUCGGAUUGAAACGAAACCAUGUGUAGAAUUUGAUUGAAGACAAUGCAGGGUGAGUGGCUGCUGUGGCGUGUGCUGGACGUCACCGGCCCAAACACCAGCGAUGGCUUCUGCAGUCCCAUUGUUUGAAUGGCUUCUAUUAUGGAGUGGGUUUUUGCUACGUUUUUGUUCUGUAAUGGGCUAUAAUAACUUAAAUAAAUCACUCUGGCUGAGCUGGAGGUUCUCAGUUAGGGUUUGGCAUUGAUGGAAAGCUCUGGGUCUCCACUGCACCAGUCAGAAGAGCGUCUUGUGUACGCUACAAAAAGUUUGAGGAGUUCGUCUGUGUAAAGAAUUGACCAGAGAGUUUAGGUAAGGUAGAAUAAAGGACAUUUUUAGUCUUUAAGCGCUAUUUACUGUGUUUUCCACUAUGGUGUAGAGGUGAUGUACAAAAAAAUAUAUCAUUAUUAUUAUUAUAUAAUGGUGACACAGCACCCCAUGACUCCUACGGUUCUAACAUAGCACCACUGCCAAACAAAUAACCAUAACAAACAAGAGUUAGACCAGAUCAAACAUGUAUACUAAACUCAUUGGUUACAGUAAAAAACCUGAAUUCUCACAGCUGUCACACAAUCAACGUUACAAUAACAAGUCAUCAGGAUUUAUAGCUACCUGUCAGCACCUUUACAUGAGCGAGAUAGGCAACAAAUGUUCAAUCCUGGUUUAAAUGGAAAAUCCAGGUUUCAAGGUGAAGCGUUUGGUAACUUUGGGGCACCAGUGUCAAAUAAAGCAACUAGUAUUAACAUUUCAGAGGACAAUACUGAUGUAGCACUGACUCAUAUGGCUCUUAUCAUUGUCAGUAUUUAAGGAGAAUGAACAACAAUGUUUCAGGGGAAUCCCACAAACGUCUGCAAUCCUGACCCAACCAUCAGACCGUGUCUCUUAGGUAUUAGGGUAACGUUUUGAAAGUUUUGAAAAAGUCGUCUUGCUUGCUUGUACAUCUCAUGGAUUUUGAAUGAAGGAAUGACUCACGUGACUUUGAGUUCAUGACUAUCCACUGAUGUUUCUGUCAAUGGUGGCAUUCGCUUUGUCUUGUAAGCUCUGGGCGAUGCAUUUAGUUCCACUUUAGGGAAUUGUCCGUAACCCUGUUUUACAUUGGAAAUAGCCCAGAGGAAAAGGAGUCAGAGGAGAGCGAGAGGGGGCUACAAAGAGCAACCGCUGAUUAAUUAUGCACAUCCUUGAUUGUGACAUGCUAUCUGCUGCUAUUAAUGGGCAAGGAUAAUCACUCCGGAUCGUAAUUGCCACCUCCGACUUCAGAAGUCUACUGUGUCCAACAUCAAUCUUCAUAGAACGCCGUUGCAAUUUAAACACCAACUUCAUUUGCUGCCACUUUCGGAUAAUUUCUUUCAGGAAUAGUCAAGUGUUGGUGGGGGGAGAGGGGGCAGAAAUGGUGCUCCGCGUGGUGUGAGCUUCAGAUAUGCAAGCCGUAACAGGAAGUCACGAUAUUACCGUACACUGCUUGAGGAUAUGAAAAAUAAUUAGAGAUCAGUAUGAGGGGAAAAAAAUGUGUUUUGGAUUUAUGGAACUUUUCUUUGUUUGAACUUUUAAUUCAGCUCUAAAUGAGCGUCAUUAUUCUCACUCACACACUCUAUUACCAUGGAGGCAAAUUUAUGGGAAAGAAAUAUCACAUUAAAAAGUUAAAUAUGAGUUAAUGAGAAAAUAACACUCGCAGAGGGAUUGUCGCAAACUACUGCCGAGUCCUUUCAGGUACAGCGUUUUCUUUUUCCCCUCCUCGAUGAAAUGUAUAUGGAUCAAUGUAAGAACUUGUCAAUGUCACUUGUGUAAUAAUUCUGCCUAUUAGUGGGAAGAUAAAUGUACAUUUUAUUCCAUAGUUUAUCUAUUUUCAGUGUAUUUUUUUCAUUACACCUCGGCUCAUAUUAGAAGAAAGUGAAUUUGAGCCCGACUUCACUUUUUUUGCCUUCUCCAAAAGCUUCUCUGGCAGUUUGUCUGAAAGGCCAAAUGCAAUGAAGAAUGUAAUUAGAGGGAAGGGGAAACUUUUAAGGGGAAUUUCAGAAUACCAAGCAAUCAGAGCCUUAAAAGCGGCUUUUGGUUCCCCAUCAGAACGUCUCUUGCCCAGCCACAGACUGUGUCAGGUCGCACAGUGUAAUGGCCCCCGCUCGGCGGAGAGACAUACAACUCCUUACUGUUUUUAUUCUUCCUGCUAAUGGGGUGCGCUUAGCUGCUGUCACACCUCCCUAACAUUAAAGGGGUCCCGAGAAACCGCCACAUUUUCUUUGGCAUGGUUGUAUAUGGAGCUUUUGGUGCAUCAAGAUGACACACUGAGAACCUCAAACCUCAUUAUCACCUCCUUAAAGUGUAAAUCGCCCAUUUUUUUUCAAAGACCCCAGUGAAUUGGUUGAAAAAGCACAUCUAUUUUAUGGUUCAGUUACUUUUGGGUACUUCCCGACAUACCCCACCCUAACUGAAAUGGAGAGGCAUUUUGAAGAUUUUCAAUAGAGGAAACAGUUUGUGUUUUGAUGUUCCGCGGCCAACGAUUUCAUGCUAUUGAUCCAGUCGACUGUGGCACUUUUUCUCUGCAAAUUCUUUAAAGAAGAACCAGGCCGCCUUUUCCAGUCGGACGCUUCAUUCACCAUUUUGGGACAAAGGAACAUAUGUUGAAAAUAAUAGUUAUGUGCUAGAAAGCACACUUGAGACAUUUGAAACAUAACUGUGCUGCAAUUUGGUCUCAGUGCAUCGAGUUGCUCUUUGAAUGAGGAAAGGACAGAGUUGGACCAAGCUUCACACAAAUUAUUACCGUAUGUCUCGGGUUGGCAUGAGACUUUUCUGGUUCAUUUUAGAUCCAUUCAUGAGAGUGUUUUCUUGUACCCCUGGAUUCAUAACCCAAUAUUAAAUAUGGAUUCUGGCCUCAAAGGUUCAGAGUUCCACCAAUCUUUCGCAAAAUCUAAUGCAGGAUUCACUAUCCAGGCAGUGGCCUGUCGCAAAGUCUGUAACAGUCUCCUUUAGUCUGAAAACUGUGGGGGAUUCCAGAGGGACCCGGUGCACCUGACUUAGAUAUCCUAAUCCUCCCGUCUUGCAGCCCAAGGUAGUGGGGAGAUAUUGGUGUGGUGAUCCAUGUUUUGUUCAAAGACAAAUCCAUAACUAAAACUUUAGUGACAUCAAGACCAUGUGGGGUCAAAGGCCUUACCUGUCCUCAUUGUAUUUGAUUCACUAGGACAAACCUCAGCCAGGCUGCAACUUGGAGCAUAGUUUGGUUUUGUAUUUGUUUAUAUUUAUUUUAUACCUCAGAAAACUUAACUGUCCAGAAGAGGUCCAUAUGUUUAUCAAUGUAGCUUAAAGUUCAUCCAAAUACACUAAUGUCUUGGAUUUGUCCAAUAUAAUAGUGAAAUUAAUAAUUAAAUUACAAUAGAAUAAUAAAUAAAAGUUGUAUGAGAGAGCGAUAAACACUGUCUGAAAAAAAGUCAGGGAAAAAAAGCUGGAAGAAGUGGGAAAAAUGGCGCCCUUUGGUUCUUUCAGGUAGAUUGGAGAGGCCAAACAAACAGUGAGCACUUCGGCGCGACGCAUUAACUGUAACUGCCCUUGAUCUGGCGCUGUUUAGAGUGCUGUCGGCACGGCUAAUAAACACUUCAUUUAGUUUUAAUGGUCCCGGCGCCUCUCCUCAGCCUUCAAAAGUACCCCUUUAUUUGGGUCAUUUAUGGCUCUUCCUCAAGGAGCACCCAAGGGACAACAGCUCCAGUCCACAUCGCUGUCUGCUGGAGCACUCCGGGCCUGAGGAAAAUUAAUAGGGCUAUCUGGAGAAAAUAAAUAAGUGAUGGGUUUUAGCCUUUGCCAAACAGCCCAGAGAGCUUAUUAAGGUGGAGGGAAGUGAGCCGAGGCAGCUGAGAAGCCAUUUUAAUAUGAAAUUUGCACCUUUUAAUGUGCAGCCACACUCGAUUUUUCCUGCCUUCCUUUCUCCCUCUUCCAUGCCAUUUUCCUGUGCACGGUCACCUAGACUGUAAAAUGGUGCAAACUUUUAAAUGUGAGUUUGCCAUGAGCAAAUAGACUGAGAUUUGUGUGUGCAAUGGCCACGUGUGGCUCUCUCUAACCCACGUCUGCUGUUUAGUGUUUUCUCUUGUGACUACAACGCAUGUGUGCUUGUUUCUAUGUUUCCAACUCCCUGUGAAACAACCCCACCACCACAUCUCAACUUAUAAUCGACCAUAAAGUCGGACGUGGACGUAACUAGAAAGGACAAUGGUGUUCCACGAUGUCUCCGCUCCCUCUUCACUCUCUGUUGCUCCUCUACAUCAAUUGUAAACACAGCAAUUAUGGAUUGUGUGAGACUUAAUUAUAGCUUGCGCGGCGCCCCGGGGGAGCUCUGGCGGAAUGCUGCCGCUGAUAAAAACGCAAGCUCAUCAGCACCCCUCCAAUGGUGGCAAGCCCCUCUGAGUGUGAACCAGAGGGAGCCCGUCCCUCAGGGCCCUUCAAGCCAAAGGACCAAUUAGUAUUAGGGGGGAAUUAAUCUUAACGUGACACAGCCACUCAAACAGGUCCUCCCAAGGUGAAGAGGAUUUAACGUGGUUGCAUUAUUGGUUAUUGGCUUCUGUUU